GUGAUCGUCGGCGCAUCAUCGGGCAUUGGGCGCAGCCUUGCGCUAGAGUAUGCGCGACAGGGAGCCACUCUGCUUCUCUGCGCGCGCCGCUCCGACCUGCUCUCGCAAGUAUCUGCAGAGUGCACCCGGCUAUCAGGCCACCCAACAGCAGCUGUCACCGGCGACAUCACCGAGCGCGCCACCCAAUUAUCCCUGCGCGACGCAGCAGCAGAGUUCCCACACGUAGAUUAUCUCGUGCUCAAUGCCGGCGCAAUCACCGUGCGCCCGUUGACCGAGCUCUGGAUGACUCCGGAUGCGCGCUCCUCGGCCGACACUGUUGACGAGGUCUUGGGCCGCGCAUUAGCCAUAAACACUUGUGCGCCUAUUUUGGUCGCUGGAUUAUUCCUUCCGUUGCUCGCGCAGAGCCGUGGCAAUGUCGUUGUUGUGGCAUCGGUGGCAUCCUUGGUGGCUGCGCCCACGCGCUCAUUGUACUCGGCAGCGAAGCACGCUGUUGAGGGAUAUUUCAGUGCGUUCCGCAUGGAGGUGAAGCACCUGGGUGUGGAUGUUACGAUGGUUUAUCCGGGCACGGUGGAUACGACUUGAGACUGGCUGCGAUAGAUGCGCCGGUGGGUGAGCCGGUUGCUGGAUCGAAGAGGGGCAAGAUGUCGCCGGACAGCUGUGCAAGGGCCAUUCUGCGUGCUGCCGCAUUAAGGGAUCGCCAGCUGGUGACGCCAUGGCCAUACUGGGUUGCUGUGGUUGUUCAUCGGUUCGCACCUCGGGUUGUUGAGUAUUUGGCCAUGAGAAAAUACAGGUUGUGAACAGGUUAAAUAAAGGCAUUGUUCGUUGUUUACCAGAAUGUUUUUUCUUUCCAUUCACCAUCUAGUUAGGCUGGCUUGCUUUAAUGCCAUAUCUAAACGAAAUAGUGCCACAUUUCGUGUCAAUGCAGCCCUUUCUAAAAUAGACACCCGGCACUCUGAAAGUAAUGAAACCCCCAAUAAGUAAAACAGACUCCGCUCUAGACCGCCAUACCCUUGUUUGG